CGUACACUGUGGAACUCUGACACGCUGAUCACUUGGGGAAUAUUACUUAGUGUCUUUCUCUCAGUGUUUUUUAUUUUUAAUUUUUUUUAUUUUAAGCGAGUCAAACCGUGAUGUUUGAAUUUAAGAAGAGGAGAAGUCUGCCCCUGACCUGUUCCGGAGACACGGAGGAGUUCAGGAGAAGAGUGGCGGUGCGACGCAAACUCAAAGGACUCACAGAUAGUGACGUGCGUUUCUCCUCCUGCUGCAGACGGUCAUCAGACAGACUCUGUGGAGCAGGUCCAAAGUCCAGACUGGAGCCAGAGGAAGACCACGAGAGGACACCCUCUAAGAAAUCCCAUCACAAACCACAAGUCCCACCUAAACCUCCUCACCUCCAGACUCCAGUAAAGUCCGGCCCACAGCACAAGCAUGGACCCAAAGAAGACCAGAGUCCAAACCAGGGGCUAAACGCAUUCACCAACCCAUCCCUGAACUGCUACUCACCCAUUCCUAUUAAAGCCAGUUUUAAAAAUGGAGACCCUAUCAAAUCUCCUCAAGCUAUUUCUUAUCUCAUACCUUUGGGAUCACAGAGCUCAGCAGAUGUAGGCAUUCAAAACUGUAACCCCAAAAGUGAAGGAAAGUGCAGUCCAAAAAACGUUCACAGGAAGAUGUGGACCUAUACUCCUACCAAGAACUCCAAAUCUUGGCUCGGAAUAAAUAAAAUAGCAAAGUUGGAGGGACAAGAGAGGAACACACCAAAGUCUCUGAGUGUGCCUGACCUGAUCACUUACCUGGAAGAAAGCAGUUUCUAUCCUGAAAAAGACCGUUCUCCACUACAGCCUCUGCAGACCAACAAUAUUUCUGAUUCUGAGAUGUUCAAUCAAAUGGACAAUUUCGCAAAUGAAAAAGCUGCCCACUUCUUAAAACCGGAAGUCAAUGUCAGCAUGGACAAAGCAAAUAAGCCUGUUGUCAUUAAUGAAAGCAGUCAAACUGAAGAGCCCAAAAUACCAGUGGCCAAUGUUCCAAAGUUUUACUGCAAAUGGACUGAGGAUGUAAUUAUUGACCAUGACCACAAGGAGGAGCCUGAGGAAAAGGAGAGUGUGAAAGAAGAGGUUGAUCCAGAGCAGAAAUUACACCAAAUUGCAAAUGAGUUCCUUCAAACUGAGCGGGCCUAUGUGGCUCGACUGCACCUUCUAGACCAGGUGUUUUGUGCACGUCUGACAGAAGAAGCAAACAGAGGCUCUUUUCCUCCUGAAGUUGUCAAAAACAUCUUCUCCAACAUCUCCUCCAUUUUCUCCUUCCACAGUCAGUUUCUGCUCCCAGACCUCGAGAACUGCCUCAGCCACAGAGGUGAAUGUCCAGGGCUGGGCAAUGUCCUGCUGCAGCACGCCCCCUUCAUGAGGAUGUACGCAGACUAUGUCCGAAACUUUGACCAGUCCUUGUACCUGGUCAGGACCUGGACUGAGCGCUCCUCUGCCUUCAGGAACAUCAUUCAGGAAAUACAGAGUCUGGAACAGUGUGGCAGUCUGACCUUGCAGCACCACAUGUUGGAGCCAGUGCAGAGACUUCCUCGAUAUGAACUCCUGCUUCGGGAUUAUUUGAAGAAACUUCCAGACGAUCACCCAGAUUAUCAACCUGCUCAGAAGUCAUUGCAGACUAUUUCCAUGGCCACAGUCCACUCAAACAGCGCUGUUGAAAAAACUGAGAAUCUGAGGAAGCUGCUGGAGGUCUAUGAGAUGGUGGGAGAGGAGGAGGUGAUCAAUCCCAGUAACGAGUUUUUGAAGGAGGGUCGAUUGGUCAAACUGGCCGCCAGGAACACAUCCGCCAUGGAGAGACAACUGUUUUUGUUCAAUAACUUCUUGCUGUGCUGCUCGCCUAAGUUCAGUCUGGUGGGGCAGAGGUACACUGUGCGCUACAGGAUCGGCAUUGACGGGAUGAACGUCCAGCCGACCGCAAACGAUGGUCACCCGUUCACCUUUCAGGUCUCUGGGAAGGAGAAGACUGUGGAGCUGCAGGCCAGUUCUGAAGAAGAACGUGAUGAAUGGAUUAAGGUGAUUCAAGAGGCCAUUCAAGUUUUCCAAAAGAAAAAUGAAACCUUCAAAAUGGCCGCCCGAGAGCUCAUUGUGAAGGAGCCUAUGAAGGAACUAGGACGCCGCGCUCCAAAGUGGAUCCGAGAUAAUGAGGUGACAAUGUGUAUGAAAUGUAAUGAGCCUUUUCAUCCCCUCACCAGAAGAAGGCACCACUGCAGAGCCUGUGGAUGUGUUGUGUGUUGGAAGUGUUCAGACAAUAAAGCAGCUCUGGAGUACGAUGGGAACAAACUCAACAAAGUGUGUAAAUCCUGCUACCUUGUUCUGACUGCUCAGCGACAAGAGCAAUGGAGAGAAAAUCUUCAGUCAGACACACCCAUAUUACCCAGUUUAAUGAGCGGAUUCUUAAAUUACGGUGACAACCCAAAGACGAGGCAUCAGACUUGGACUGUUCUUCCUAAAAAUGAUCCAUCAGUCCUGUACUUGCACGCUGCUCCACAGGAUGUCAAACCCCAGUCCACUAUUCCUCUGCUGGGCUACACAGUGGAGAAAUGUCCGCAGGAGUUUCCGGAUCAAGUUUGUUUCUGUUUAAGACAAUCAAAAAUCACACAUAUGUUCUUUUGUGACCACACGGACCUCAGAGAUCGCUGGGUUACUGUUCUCAAGAUGGCAAUUCACAACACUACACUUGAAUCCUGUAAUGGUAAUAUAUCUGACACAGGCUCCUCCAGUAGUGAAGACUAUGUUAUAAUUGAACAGGAGCCACAGUAACUUUAAAUCAGUGAUAUUUCUGACAAUUUUUACAAUAUUUUACAUAAUGCAUAUCAGUUACUCAGAAUAUGAUAUAAUGGAUUUAGAAGAGGAACUGAAAUUGAAAAUGCAUUUAUACUGAUUUGAUUCACCGAUGACCAAACUCAUGUUCGAGAGAUGUUGAAGAAGCAUGUAUUCUGGAUCUCUGGCACUAUGUAACUUUUCUAUUGGGGGCUCUGUCUCUGGCUUGUUGCUGGGAUGUUGCUCUGCCGGGAAUGUUCCACAGUAUGGCAUUAAGCUUAUCUAUACUGUGUCUAAAAAUGAUCUUAAUUUGAUUGCUAGAAAGAUGGAGAUGGAUAAAUCUAAUGCCAUGCUGUGGCACACUGCCGGCAAAGCAAUCAUUUCACCUUGGAGACAGGCAGGUAGUGUACCCUCCUCCUGAAAUAUUAUAUACUACAUCUUUAUGGUUUUGAGUAAUUAUUAAAUUCAGUACCAUUAAAAUUAGCUUAGGCACAGCAAACCAUCUACCUCCCAGAGAGCUUUGAUUCUCAAUGAUCCUCAACUAAAAUUGUACUACUAAUUAUUUUACUUAUUUUAUUUUUUUAUUUAUUUUAAGCUGAUUUUUUUUAACGAUUCAUGUAGCCUCCGGAUAACUUAAUGUAUACAGAAACCAGUGGUAACUCAGUGUAGUGACUAAAUUAAUUAUAUUGUAUACACAUUAACUUCAGGGACGGUGAUCGUUACCAGUGACAGUGCACUUUAUUUGAGAAUGUUUUACAGUAAAAUAAAUAAACAUGUUUUAACUGGU